GAGAGAGAGAGAGAGAGAGAGAGAGAGAGAGAGAGAGAGAGAGAGAGAUGUUCUGUCAUUCUGCAAUUUCUUAUUAUUGACAGAAAUAUAUGUGACAAACAGUGAACUAGUAUAAUUUAAUGAAGUAUAUAGCUGAUCAUGGCAUAAUAUAUAGGAAAGAACAGUAUUUGGGACCUGGUGUGGAUUGAUUAGGUAUGUUGGAGAAAAGAGAUAGAAACAAAAUAAGAGAACACUGAACUUAACUGAAUUGAACUGAAGGAAAGAAAUGGAGUGAAAGUGUGUAUGAGAGUGUGUUUUGGGAGAACUGGGUGGAAGCCCAUUGCCCACGCAGGGCUGUGCUAUAUCGGAUAGGGGUGGAGUGUUCAGAGGCGCCGUGCGUGCGUGCGUACGCGUGUGUGUGCGCGCACGUGUGUGUGUGUGUGUGUGUGUGUGUCCGACCAGCAGUGAGCGCAGCAGUCUCAUUCUACGUCACAGCUCUCCGACAGCUACUGUGCUGAGCGCUGUGCUGUGCUGUGCCUCUGCCGUCCGUACAACUGGCUGCCGAUGUUUUUCCCUCGCUGUCUUUUACCACUCGAUCCGACCUUUCCGCCAAUCCUUUCUUUUCCUCCGGCGUGUGUGAUCCUGUGUGAUAUCUCCUCUCAGACCUGAGCUUCGUCGCUGUCCGUCGCUCCACUUGGAAGUAGCGCUGUCGACAUUUACGUGAUCUUUUUUCCCCCAUGCUUCAUUUUAAAGCGCCACUCGACCUGGCCGUGUAUUGAGCCUUCGUCAGGAGAGCCUACACAAAUGACACCCCGUCUUUGUGCCGUCAAGUGCCGUGACAAAGCACGCCGAGUAAGUACCGAGGCCAGGCGGAGAGGAGGAUGAACAUGUAUUAUGCGCCUGUAAUGAUACUGUAAGAUGACACCAGAGAGUGUGCGCCUUCUCCCUCGUUCUUUAUCGCUGUCAUUCUCCCUCCAGCUCGUGCUCAAUUGACAGUAAUGUGUGUGUUAUUACAUGUAGACCAAGAAAGUGAUGUUCAGCUGUCCAGGCUGUUUGUGUGUUUUGUAGUCUGACCCGCCAUCCUUGUGGUUCCAUAACAGAGCUUUGCAGCAGAACUGCGAGCUAUGCAUGUACAUAUGCAUGCACGUUAGAGUGUGUGUGUGUGUGUGCGCGUGUGUGAAUCCAUCCCCUUAGGACCUGAAAUAGCAAAGCACCGAGGUGAGGGGGGAGGGGAAGUCAGAAGCACAAGCAUGGAAACGUGCAGAUCCUGUUACAGGAUCAUAAUAUCGCUGAUGAUUCAGCGCGCACGCUCACUCACUCAUUCACUUGCUCGUGCACCCCUUUCCUUUGCACACUCACAUGCUCUCUCAUUCAUUCAUUCUGCAGCUCAUUCAUCCACUCAAGCAUGCACUCACUCACUCAUUCACUCACUCACUCACUUGUUCACUUCAUACAGAGAGUUCUCCUCUGCUUCUUCACUAACACAUUUAUAUUUAGUCUUUUGCGCUAUUGUGGAAGAAGUGCAUAAACAGUGCAAAGAAUUGCACAAAGAUAAAUGCAUAAAGAAGUCCCUCUAGGAUUUUGCGAUCGAACUUCAACAAACGCCGCAAUAUCUGGAGGAACUUGACAUUUUUCAAAAUUACUGCAGAUUUUUUUGCAGAUUUGGGCCAAGACGCAUCACAGGACAUCAUCACAAUGCACAUUCAGCCAAAGCCCUCUUCGACUCAAGUGCAUCAAACACGAGUACAGCUAAAAGGUCUCGUUCACCAACAAACAUCACUGCGAAAAACCAUGCAAAACAAUUUCGUACAAUUGCAGUUUUGCCAUUCAAGUAGAUUUCUGCAAGAAAAACACAAAAAAACUGCAAAUUGCAUCACAAUUUUUUAAAGAAUCUGCAGCAAAAUCAAGCAUUUUUGGCUGCAACAAUCACAAAAAAAACCUCUGUGAAAACCUGUAUGGAAUGAUAAAGUGUUAUCCUAGAUAUUGCUGGAAAAGUUAGGUCUUUAGACCUUUGCAGAUGGAAUGGAAGUAGAAACUCAGGGCACUGAAGCAGUGAAAUCUUUAUGAGCAUGCUCUGAUCUUUAAAAGACCUUUUUAACACAUUUUAUCCAUGUAGUCUUGUCCUUCACAUGAAAUGCCUCUUGUGUGGUGUUUAGUAUACAUUUUGCAGCAAGCCUAGCAGCACUGCAGUGUUUCCAGUUUCUGCUCUGACAGCCCUGUGUUCUCCUGUCCAAAGGCCCCAGCCUUGCUUUUACACUAAUUCUGGAUUUAUCCGGUGCUCUGUUUCACACGCGUAGCUACUGCCAGGAGUGGUAUCCAGGAAGCGAGCAGCAGCUGAGCCAUGCUUUUAAAGCUGCGCUGUAAAACCAAGUCAUCUUCGACUAUUUUAUGACACGAAUAAAGAAGAAUUAACAAACGCUCUUUUAAUGUAGCGUCGUUUCUGUUCAAGAUUUGAUGUCGAGGGCGUAUGGAAACAGGGUCAUUUCCGAGCGCUGGUGCAGCAGUGAUGGAGAGGCAGUUUGCUGUGUGUUUCUCAGUGUCUCUGUGAGCGAGGGAACAGAGUGUGCCGAGUGAGGUGGGAACACGGUGCACUCCGCUCUCUCUCUCUCUCUCUCUCUCUCUUUGUCUCUCUCUCUUUCUAUACACUCUCUCCUCCUGGUGUCACUCCUUAGUUUCAGGUCAGAGGCAAUAGGUAGCGGCUGUGUUUUAUUUUUAUUAUUAUUUUUUUUACACUGAGCCAGAACAAACUAUCCCUUCUUAAACCCCAAACUUAACCACUACACUACAACCUACUACAACUUGUCGUGGCAUUUCUCCUCUACUCUCUCAGUGACCUUUCACCCUAGAGAUGGAGGGAAGAGGAUGGAGGAGGAGAAAAUGGAGAAGAGGAAUGUGCAGGGUGGAGUAGUAAUGGCGUUUUAGUGCUACACAUACUGUAUCUGUCUCCACUCCUCAGAGUGAGUCACAGGGACCUGUUCAGCUGCCUUGACAUUUUUUUCUCACCAGUUCUCUGGAAGGGACUUUGAUUUGUGUUUUCUUCCCUAUUCGGAACUUGUGUCAUGAUUUUAUUUAUUCUUGCUUUCUCCUGGCAUUAAUGUAUCCAGCCAUCAUGAAUUCCAAAACAAUGUCUGUUUCUCUGUUCCCAACCAAACACAGAACGUAAAGGAAGAGGGCAGUAAAUCAGAAGAAAACCACUAACUUGAAUCAUGUUCCUUCCCUGUUUCCACUGAAAUGCCAGCAGCUGCCCAGGCUGCUGAGAUGGCUAGAAGGCUACUUUUUUUUUUAAAAGUCUCAGUCAAUUUUUACUCUUGCACCUAUUUGAAGUAUUUUGACUUUUUUAAUGGAAAUAUCACCCACCCUGAAUGGUAAUUUGACUUGAUUUGCUUGAUAUUUUAUCCUUCAGCUGUUGUCCUGCAUCUAAACAUUUCUUUUUAAUCAACAGAGGCAAAAAAACUGGAGGAAAGUGUUACUCAUUGACCUUGUUUUUCAUGUCUUACUCUUAAAAGUACAGUUUAUCUAUUCAUUUCUGAGUAGCUUGCGCUGUGUCUGUGAGCAUUGGAAUUCACCCAGCGACAGGAGACAGAACUUGUUUUGCUCUCCAACACACAUUUUUCUGUUUCACUUGCUUUACUUCAGAAGCAGUACACCAACAGAAAAUGUUUCUUUUUUUCUUCUUCUUCUUCUUUAAGUUCCCUCAUCCACACCUCCUUCUCUCUCUCCCUUCUCUUCCUCCCACCCUUCUCUCUCCCUCUUUGUCAUCUCUCUGGGCGGAUUCCCAGCUGACCAUGUUUGUCAUGGUAACAGGCAGCGAGGCAACAGGCCCAGCCACUUGCACUUCCUGACUGAGUGGAAAUGCCUGACAGAGGUGCGCCUGCGCGCUGUUUGCUUGCUUGUGUGUGUGUGUGUGUGUGUGUGUGUGUGUGUGUGUGUGUGUGUGUGUGAGCGUGAGCACACAGACAGGGCCAGGGUGCACGAAGCUGUCAGCCUGGAUUAGGUUCAAGCACACUGCAAUGCUGCCUACUGCUACUGGGCUUCACUUUAUGGUAAUGAGGAGAGGCCUCGGGAACAGGCUUCUUUCUCUUUCGCUUUUUUCCCCCUCUCGCUUUCUGUCUCUGUCUUUUCCUCUCUGUUUCUCUCUUUCCUAUACUGGUUUAAGUUCUACUUCUUGCUGUCCUUCACACUCUCUCCUUAUCUUUUUUAAAGCUUUUGCUUAGAUAACGGUGCUCAUGCUUGUUUUCCUGCCCUUGCCCUUUAUUAGAUGUGAUUACACUGACAAGAAGAAGAAUUAUAUAAUUUUAAAUAUGAAGACUACCUCACUGUGUUUCUCUAUAGCAUUUACAGGUCAAUUAUAUUAUGGGAUUGAAUGUACCAGAAUAGCACUCUCUCUUGUCUGUGAGGAAUAGGUUCAGACCAGCAUGUAAAAAUGCACAGUGAGAAUUGGGCUUGUCACUGGAGUAGUGUGAGUGAGAUUGCAUGCUCGAGGUAUAACAUGAAUGCCAUUAGUCCAAUAUGGAGCCAGUAUGGCCAAAAAUACAUAUGUUACAUAAACACUUAUGACACAAGCACAUGGGCCUUUCUUUGUAUAUAAAAUGUUUGUACUAUAUGUUUUUACUAUUAAAAAACAAUCAUGAACGUUCUCCUCUUCUUUGCAAACACAAUCAGGCUUGCAAGUCACUUGAUAAAUACAAGUCACGCAGUAUGCAACGCAGGUAUUUUCAAAACGUGGAAGGUCUCUGUAUUCUCAAUAGCCUACAAGAAUUUACAGCCUAAAAACUAUCGCAUUUUGAAAAUACCAGCAUUAGCCCGAUUGUGUUUGCAGAGAAAAAGAGAAGUUUCAUGAACCUGGUAAGUCUAAUUAUAUUUCAUGAAACUUUAAGCAUGAAGCAGGCAGUGCUCAAUAUGUUAUGCAGCGAAUGCUUGUGACAGAAUGUUGAUAGAAGGUGCAGCAUAUAAGUUGCAUGUGAAAAUCUUUUUUUUUUUUCUGUGAGACUGGGCUACUUUAGAAAUGAGGGCCAUGUUUUGCAAAUUUCCAAAAGUCCAUGCUUUUUAUUCAGCUAUUGAUCUAAAACUGAAAGAAAACAUUAAUCUGUAUGGGAAAAUACACAGACGUCUAUCACAGAACACCACUGCAUGGCAAAACGUCUUCUUUGAGGUCAUUUUAUUUAACGUUUCUUUCUCCAAAGUCGCUGGCAGCGCCAUAAUUGCCAAUAUCCUGACACUGGUUAUUCUCAGACUUUCAUCCUUUAGUCAUUGAGUCAUCAGCAUGCAAGUUAGUGGUCUAACUAGCAGCUAAACGGAUUCCACAGGCAAUUUGUUCUGACUGUUUCGUUAUUUAGAAAUUCUGACUUUAUAAACGGAACAAAACCUUUUAAGUGUUUGUACUGUAAAUACAGUGAAACUGAAAGGGAAUGUGGUAUGUAGUAGCUUGAGCAAUAACUGAAAAGCACAGAUGUUUGAUUGCUCGUAAAAUAUACAAAACUGUCAUUAAGUAUGUUUCACGGUGCAAGUUAGUAAUUAAAGUUUUAACCAGAUAUUAUAAUAUUAACCUUUGUCCAACAGCCCCCGCCCCCCCGUUCUCCCUCCUUUCCCAUUCUCACACUGUUGCACCGCUCUCUGUCUGUCUGACAUUGGUGCUGCUCUCUCCACAGCGCUGUACUGUUACAACAUGGCGGCCCCUGAGAUGGGCUGUAAAUCUGGUGUAUAUUCUGCUGGUACAGUAGCUGAGAGCUCUGUUUCCUAACACAAGGAAUGAGAGCGGCUUCGUCGCUACCCCUUUCUUUCGCCCAGCAUGCUGUUCUGCCUUUUCCGCUUCCCACUCUCUGUGCAUACUGGAGUAACACACAACACUGCGUUUUUCAUAUUACACACUCACACAACGAGCUCUUACUGAAACUCUGACACACACUUGCCUCCCUCUCUUAGCAGCAAUCUCAGGAAGCAGUAGUCAGAACAGGAUUCCUGUAAUUGCCCCUAUUUCAGUGCACCGCUCCUCUCUUUUUAAGUUGUAACGUGAGUCGCUGUGUGCUCUUUCUUCUCUGCGGCCACCGUACAGAUAUUGUAGGCUCUCACCCCAGUGGAGGCUCAGAAUGCUAAUAUGAUGACAGCUUGCGGGCCAAUGUCAUGGCAACAAAGCUACAAUCUGAUAUAUGUUGGGUAAAGGAGCAAAGCGGAAGCUAGAUGAGGAUGAUGAGGGAGUGGAAGGCAAAGCGCUGGCGAUGGCUGACGGCCUCUCCAAGGUCUCAUACACACUGCAGAGGCAGACCAUCUUUAACAUCUCACUGAUGAAGUUGUACAGUCAGCGUGCGUUGACCGAGCCGAGCCUGGAGAAGCGUGUGCUCAUCAACAACAUGUUGCGGCGCAUUCAGGACGAGCUGAAGCAGGAGGGCAGCCUGCGGCCACUCUUCUUUCCUCCCUCGCCUCCUCCAGACCACCAAAUGGACGAAGGAUUCCGGGAAGCGCAGCCUGCUUUUGGUGUACUCUCUGUGGUGGCUCCACCUCCUGUGCUAUCCCAGCAGCCCCCAGUCCCACCUCCGUCCCCGGCUCUAGCCAGCCCCACGCCGCUGGAUGCUUGCCUCACCCCGGCAUCUUUGCUGGAAGAGGACAGCGCUGUGUUUUGCACUUCUCCCUCUUCACUCCAUCAUUCUCCAUCCAGACUCCGCCCUCCAAUGGCCACUGACAGCUUCUCCUCGGCCCUGGAUGAAAUCGAGGAGCUAUGUCCAUCAUCCACAGCGGCAGGGUCUAUCACUACCUCCUCACUCACUGUGCCCCUUCACAUGCCCCUCCAGCCCUCCAACCAGCCCACCACAGCCUCAGACUCCAAAAACUGCACCAAAUCCUGCAGCUCAAAGCCGGAGGGGCCGAGCCCACUAUCUGUGGAGCGGUUAACAACAGGUACAGCAGGUACAGCAGCUACUGAGCCCAGAGGGAUGGACACUCUCCCUACAAGUGGCUUGGACAUGAGCACUUUGCCAUCCUCCUCUUCUUCCUCAGGCUUCCUCACCGAUCUGGCCCUGGACGAUAUUCUUUUCGCUGACAUUGACACCUCCAUGUACGAUUUUGACCCAUGCACCUCGGCAGCAGGGGCCACCCCAUCCAAACUAUCACCUGUGGUGACGGCUGAUGACCUCAUCAAGACUUUAACCCCCAACCAGCCUUUCAAAAUGGACCUCACUGAGCUGGACCACAUCAUGGAGGUGCUGGUAGGAUCGUGACCACAUUUGGCUGGGAAUGCAAAAAUAAAUCUUUUUUUUUUUAGAUACAAAUUUUUACAAACUCUUAAAUACUUAUCUCUGUGGGUGUUUUGUACAGUUUUUAUUUUUAAGGCAAGGCAAUUGUUAUAAUGAGUCGUGAUGUCACCCAGUACUACUUUUCAACACUGUGCAUGCACUGUGCUUGCCUUUCCAAAUAUGAACAUGAAGGAACACACUUGGCUUCUGUCAGAUUCGAGUGCCUUCAUCAAGAAUGACCACUUGGUAAAUUCCUGUCUUUUUUUUUUUUUUAAACUAUUGUCUGUACUUAAUUUCUCAAAUAAGCAGAGAAGGAGUAGCAGCUUUCUUUCUCCUCCUCAGCAUACAGGUGCAAGAAUGUGCUUAACCAAGUCUAUUUUCGUAUAACUCUCAUUUUCAUAAAGCACAACGAAUUUAAAAGAGGAACUUGGUUUAUGUGCUUCUUUAGUGUUAUUGUUCAUAUGAUAAUAUUAUAAAGAAAUAUUUAAGUGAAUUUGCUUAAAAUUGAAUCUUGUGAAAUAACUUGUACUCUUUAGUAGGAAAUGGACAUACUUUACCCCAACUGAUGUAUUUAUACAUGAACUUUGGUAUGAGAUUUACCUUUAAACAUGUUUCAGAUUAUCUGCAAUGGUGAUUUGGGUCCGGCAAUAAGUGCAAACUGUGCAUUUCUUUUAAUGUGACAAGGAGUUCUCUUCCUCAUCAGAAAAAAAAAACAAGUCAAGGUUGAGUCCUAUUAUGCGAUGCAAAUGCCCAUAACCGCCGCCUUUUUUGUUUUCAGGUUUCCAUUUUUUUUUUUUUUUACAUUUAUAUUAUUUUAAAAAUGCAAUUUCCUGUAAAAAUAUGACACUAACUUAUAAGUAAGGGCCUGUAUGUGCCUGAUAAUGCAAUUUCAUUCAUUUAAUAAUUUAUGUCAUAAGCAGCCUCAAAUUAACAUUGAUUUAAAAAAUAAUCAAAAACAAAACAUUUUCUAUUUCUAACAUUGGUAUUGCUUGUUUUAUGAGCAUUUCCUUCACCUUCUCCUUUGCCAGCGGUACAUUAUUCAUAUUGCAUGCAGGAUUGCAUCAGAACUGUAAAAAAAAAAAAAAAAAAAAAAAAAGGACAAAAAAAAGGAAAGCGGUAGGAUUUUAGACAAGUGGGUUUUAUUUGACCUUAUGCAUACCAUUGAUUAAGUUUUGCCUAUGGUCACCAUGUCCUGCCUAUGGUCACCAUGUCCUGUUCCUUGUUGUCUCUCUUGAUGGUUUUGGACCAGUAGAAAUGGUCAGAACGAUUGGGGACAUAAACAUUGGAGAUUCUGAAUUUAAAACAUGCAUAAGUGAUGCUUGUCUACUGUUAUGGUUCAGAUUACCAGAGGGGAAUUUUCUAAUUUAUAUUUCUGAACGUUUGCAUUACCAGCCUUGAUUACAUGGUUAAAAAGCCUGUGUGCAACAAUAGGCAACAUAUGCCUUUAGCUCUAAAACCCACUGCGAACCACUUAAUGCAAUCAAACUGGAUGUAGGCGAUUUAGACUUUGCAUUUUCAGUUCAUUUCUGACUAAUCACAUCAUACAUGUGCAAAGGGACCAUUUCUCAUAUCAGCUGCUUAGUAUUAUAGACCUGUUUACUGGAGAGUGCUGUUAAUCAGUGAUGACUUUGCAACAAAUAUCAUUUCCCGUCGCAGAUUUCAAGAGGAUCUUGGCUUCUUAGUGUAGGUUCACACAGGCAUUAUCAGACAGUGAACUGUAAUACUGGUUCUUUACUAGUGUGACCAUUUUAGAUAUGGGAUUCGAAAUGUCUAUUUACAGAGAAGCCUUCAGUGGGAGUAACGGAUCACAUCCUAUAGUGCUCAAGAGAUUAUAUAAGAAUUUGAAAAGAUGAUGAUCAGGAAUAGUGUAAAGCCAAGAGGGCAAUACUAAUACUAUUCAUUCAUAAUUAUAAUAACUGAUUAUUUUAAGUUGUUUGGAUUUGGAGUGAUUUUUGUUUUAAAUUAUUUAUUUUUCAUUUCCUGUGUAAAUAUAUUUAUUUUGUUGUGAAUCUACCAUCUGGAUUGUAAUGUGUACAGAAUGUAUGGUAGGAAUGUACCCUGCUUAUAGGAAUGUAUUAUACAAUGAAUUUGGUUGGAAGCCAUGUUUUUUUCUGUUUUGAAAAUGUAUUAUUUUUAUUUCUGUUUUGUUUGCUAUAUUAUAAUUUUGGGGUGGUGUUUGUGGCACUGUUUAGGUCUGCACUCCCUACCCCUGUUUAAAUAUGAGUAUUUAAUGUCUGUGUACUUCAUAGUGUGCAAGGGGGGAAAAUUGUGAAGCAAUACUUUAUUCUCUUCAAAAACUUUGAGGUUCAGACUCCAAAGCUUAUUUUUAGGAAAGUCUAUCUAUAACCCUAAAUGCCAAAACAUAUGAAGAGCAGAGUUGACUGCUUUGUGAUGCCGGUUACUGUUAGUAUGACAUGGUGUCUCCCUGUCUUCAGCCUAUACCCUGUUUGCGGAAACAUGGGGGGGGGGGGGGGGGGGUAUGGAUGUGUGUGUUUCGGGGGUGUUAGGGGGGUCCACUUUUCUGCUCAGUAAGAGAGGCUGUAUUUUUCACAGACCUUGGGAGCUGUGCCUUUUCUAUGCAAUUACCAACAUAUUCAUUUUGAGGAAAACCCACCCACCAACUGAUCACUGUAUUUAAAACAAGGUGUGGACUGUAGAAUAUAUAUAAAAUAUGGACAGGUGUCUAUGAAUUUGAAACAGUCUUACUUUUGUAGUUUUAUAUCAUACAAUAAACUAUUCGAAUUAAAAUUCA